AUAAAAGGAGAACAAACUCUCGAAGGCCCAUCAGUCCAUCUUCAUAUUUGUUGCAUUGCGGACAAGUUUACGGGCCAAAUCUCUUAAGAACAAAAUCCUCAGUACUCUCAAUAAAGUUAUCACAGAAGAUUAUUCCCAGUGAGAAAAAAAAUCAAGUGAUUGCAUUUAAGAAAAAACAGUAACAGCGAGAAACCCAUCAAAAAGAAUUUACCAAGUGAUUCAAAGAGGAAUUAUUUAAAUUUCAAGCAAAGAUGAGGGAAUGCAUUUCAGUUCACAUUGGCCAGGCUGGAGUCCAGAUCGGCAAUGCUUGUUGGGAGCUGUACUGCCUGGAGCAUGGUAUUCAACCUGAUGGCCAAAUGCCAUCUGAUAAGACAAUCGGCGGAGGAGAUGACUCCUUCAAUACCUUCUUCAGCGAAACCGGCUCCGGGAAGCACGUCCCACGAGCUGUGUUCGUUGAUUUGGAGCCCACGGUAGUGGAUGAGGUGCGAACUGGCACGUAUCGCCAGCUCUUCCAUCCUGAGCAACUCAUCACUGGCAAGGAGGAUGCCGCCAACAAUUACGCCCGCGGCCACUACACCAUCGGCAAGGAGAUCGUGGACCUUGUCCUGGAUCGCAUCCGGAAGUUGGCUGAUCAAUGCACUGGGCUUCAGGGAUUCCUGGUGUUCCAUUCCUUCGGCGGUGGCACCGGAAGUGGCUUCACGUCGCUGCUGAUGGAGCGUCUAUCUGUGGACUAUGGCAAGAAGUCCAAGUUGGAAUUCUCCAUCUACCCAGCUCCGCAGGUAUCCACUGCGGUUGUUGAACCCUACAACUCCAUCUUAACCACUCAUACAACUCUCGAGCACUCCGAUUGCGCUUUUAUGGUGGACAAUGAGGCUAUCUAUGACAUUUGCCGGCGCAAUUUGGACAUUGAGCGUCCAACUUACACCAAUCUCAAUCGCCUCAUUGGCCAGAUUGUGUCCUCAAUCACUGCAUCUUUGCGUUUCGAUGGAGCUCUCAAUGUCGAUCUCACGGAGUUCCAGACCAAUUUGGUGCCCUAUCCUAGGAUUCACUUCCCUCUGGCUACCUAUGCUCCGGUGAUUAGUGCCGAAAAGGCUUACCAUGAGCAGCUGACUGUGGCUGAGAUUACAAAUGCGUGCUUUGAGCCAGCCAAUCAGAUGGUGAAGUGCGAUCCUCGCCAUGGGAAAUACAUGGCUUGCUGCAUGCUCUAUCGUGGAGAUGUUGUUCCCAAGGAUGUCAACGCAGCCAUUGCUACGAUCAAGACCAAGAGGUCUAUUCAGUUUGUGGACUGGUGCCCCACGGGAUUCAAGGUUGGCAUCAACUAUCAGCCCCCAACUGUUGUUCCCGGCGGAGAUCUGGCCAAAGUUCAGCGGGCUGUUUGUAUGCUGUCCAACACAACGGCAAUUGCUGAGGCAUGGGCUCGCCUGGAUCAUAAGUUUGAUCUUAUGUAUGCCAAGAGGGCCUUUGUGCACUGGUACGUGGGAGAGGGAAUGGAAGAGGGUGAAUUCUCUGAAGCUCGAGAGGAUUUGGCUGCUCUGGAGAAGGAUUAUGAGGAAGUUGGAGUGGACAGCACUGAGGAAGUUGGCGAAGGAGAUGAAUACUAAGAAAGCACCUUUGGUCGUGUAUUGCAGCACUUCCCAGCACUUUUCUCUUCUGCCCCAGGGAAAAACUUCAAUUGUGCUUUCACUAACUUUAUCCCUCCUUUUAGCACAAGACAUGCAAAGUGUUCGCACAGAUUUUUAUUAAUAAAGAAUGCCAUUUAUAAACCACAAAAAAAA